AAUAACUCUGUCUACCGCCCUCCAUCGUGAGCUUCUUCUCUCUAUCGAGCAGGAAGCAAAAAGACGACACGAACCGGACUGUUUACACUCAACACACUUGACUGUUCCAGGAACGAGACGGCGUCAUCAGCAGCAUCAGCGCUCCUUUAUCGUGCCUCUUACUUUCCUCUAUCGCGAGUUUUUAAUCUGGCGGCAGCGCGGUGGACCGCUUCACAUCAUGUCGGAACAGAACGGGAACGACUGGCGUUCCUCUGGAUACUGCGGCCGUGCUUGAGAAAAAGCUUAUCACGGGUGUGUGUGGAGCAUGUGUAUCUGGAUUAACUUUUGUGACUACUAGGGGACAACGCUACAGUGGUCUGUGUAGCAUCAGUGCCCUGGCUAAAGGAUACCUCUCAACACGCCUCAGGCUCCAGUUCUCCUACUUGACCCGUUUGCCAAGGAAUACACCAAAAAGUGAGUUAAUGGGUGACUAAGGAUUAGAGGACCCUGAAAGCAAAUUGUAGUAGAAGGACUCAAAGUGAGCUUGGAUGAAAACAAAAGUUAAUCAGUAUACCCAUGCCAAAAGGGUGAUUGAUGGACAGUGAGCAGUUACAAAAAAUCAAAUGAAAAGCAACGAAAAAUGAAACUCGAGGACUUUUUAUUACUUAAUUGUUAUUAAGUCAUGACUAUAUAUACUAUAUAUGUGAAUGCAAUCUACUAAAUAGUACCCUAAGUUACCCAGCUGCCAUUAAGAACAAAAUGGAGCCCCAUGAAACAUCUGCUGGACAAAAAUGCAGUAAGGAGCCACGUGAGAAAAACCUUUUACAAAGGCAAUGGGUUUCUGAGCCCUCUACAGGUACAAAGAGAAGCAUUUACACAGAAGGUGUUGGUGAGGCGGGGAUUACAGAUUCUGUGAAGCCUCGUUUAAGUGGAGAAUGUCAGACAUCUUCAGAAAGCCAAUUUUUCGCCCAGGUCUUACUAAGGUCUAAGUUACCACAAUCAUACCCUCAGCAGCCCAUGCAAAAACCCUUCCUAACUGGUACAAAGCCACAGCCGGGCCUGGAGCGCCAUGCUUGGCCUUUUCCAGGGCAGCUGCAGUCUCUGCCAACUGAUGAUAUGUUUUCUGUGCACUCUCGCUCUCAUGGAGCUUUUCCUCAUCAAAAAUCUCCAAGUUUACCUAGUGCUUUUGGCCAGUAUUCUCAGUCAAGCUCUGAAUCGAAAGAAGAGGGACAUAAAAAGGAACAGAAACCUAAGAAACCAGGGAAGUACAUUUGCCAGUACUGUGGAAGGGCAUGUGCUAAGCCCAGUGUGCUUAAAAAACACAUUCGUUCCCAUACAGGGGAACGUCCCUAUCCAUGUGAGCCUUGUGGCUUUUCAUUCAAAACCAAGAGUAAUUUAUAUAAACACAGAAAGUCUCAUGCUCAUGCUAUUAAAGCAGGACUUGUUCCAUUUUCUGAGAUAGCUGCUCGGGCAGAUAUUGAUCAAGCAUCUUCUAUUGGUGAGGCAGAGGUACACUCUGAUGGAGAUCAAAGUACUGACACCGAUGAGGAAACUGCAGAAAGAGCAAUGUACCCAGAAAAGAGUGGCUCGGUACCCCAGAUUUCAUUUGAGUCUGAAAAAAGCACAUUAGACAAGCGUGGAGAACCAGCAUAUGCUGACUCAGCAGACCUGACCCUGGCAAAUAUGAAAGUGCCUAUCUUAAUUGUCCCAAAACCAGGGUUUCCAUCUACAGCCAUAGAGUGUAUGCCAUUUACAGAAAUCAAGGGGUCUCAUAUUGGUGGACAUAUUGCCAGAGGAGAUGAGUCACAUACUAUAAAACAGAGACUUGCUUUGAGACUCACAGAAAAGAAAAGCCAGGACUCAGAGCCUUCUCAGAACCUGUUAAGUCCACACAGCAAAGGCAGCACAGAUUCUGGUUACUUCUCUCGCUCAGAGAGUGCUGAACAGCAGAUUAGCCCACCUAACACCAAUGCAAAGUCAUAUGAGGAGAUCAUGUUUGGAAGAUCUUGGUAUUAUAGACCUAACUCUAGAUCUAGACAUGCCAUUGGAAUGACUACUACUGCCAUUUCAAACCCUCAAAUUAAAUCUUCCAUGAGAGAGCUGGAAAUUGGAAAUAUGUCAGAUGACCACAUAUUUAUAAAAGGUGUUUCCAUUAAAUCACAAAUGGUUGCAGGCAGUGACACAACCCAGUACCCUAAAGGUUCUCUCCUAGAAGCUCCUUCUGACUCAGGGCCACUUAUAAGAAGUAACUCAAUGCCAACACCAUCCCCAACAAACCUUAAUGUUCCAUCAGCUUUAAAAGGUAGUCUUUCUUUUGAUGAGAUGAUGUCUCCAGAUGAUGUAUUCUAUCCAGGAGCAUCUGGUCUUAGAAGGUUAAGAAGACAGGCUGCUUUUGAGCAUGGGGAAUCCGAGAACUAUGGCAAGACGACAAGUCCAUUCUCUACAAUAAAAGUAGGGGAGAGGGGGCAAUUGAUACCUGAAUUUAAAGGCUCUGGAUCAGAGCUUGCUUGUCCUGAAAUCCGUACAUCAUAUGGUGCCUGCAGUACAAAAGUCGGAAUGUCUGAGAUGACCACGAGAAAACGUCGUAAAGAAAAGAGUGUAGGUGAUGAAGAGGAUUGCCUUGUGCAGUAUGAAGGCAUUCAAAGUGGUUCCUCUGAGACAGCUGUGGAGUAUGAUCUAAAACAGGGGAGUCAAGAAGGUUCAAGAGCAACCCCCACAGGUAGAGGAUCUAUGUAUAGUGGUUACAGCUCAUCAGAAAGUUUUGAUAAAGGUACUGUUAUGGGCCAAGAGGAAGUUCUUACCCAAGAUCCAGACAGAAAGGCUGUAAAUGUAAUAUCCGUCAUUCAGCAUACUAACUUACUCAGCAGGCCAAGCUCAUUUGAAAAGUCUGAAUCAAUUGACCAUCCAUCGUAUCAGCCAGAAAAAGCUUCCAGUCAACUCUCUGAACAAUCUGAUACAGAAAACAUUGAUGAUGUGCAGAGUCCUGACUCUAUUCUAAGGUCAGAGAGCAUGGAACAUCAGCAGCAGAGUGAUAGUGAAUUAUCAUCUAUUUCACACAGUCAGCAAUAUCAUAUGCCCCACAAACUUGUACGACAACCAAACAUUCAAGUACCUGAAAUAAGAGUCACAGAAGAGCCCGAUAAACCAGAAAAAGAACCCGAGGUACCAGCAAAAGAACCAGAUAAACCAGUGGAGGAAUUUCAGUGGCCACAAAGAAGUGAGACACUGUCCCAACUCCCAGCAGAAAAACUGCCCCCAAAGAAAAAACGUCUCCGUCUUGCAGACAUAGAACACUCAUCUGGGGAGUCAAGCUUUGAGUCUACCUGCACCAGUCUUUCAAGAAGCCCAAGUCAAGAAAGCAACUUGUCCCAUAGCUCAAGCUUUUCAAUGUCAUUUGAUAGAGAGGAAAGUAUAAAAUCAGUGUCACCAACCAAGCAAGAUGAAUUUGGUAAACAAUCUGAGUUCUUAACUGUACCAGGGAGUGGUAAUUCUCUUUCAAUACCUGGCCAUCAUCAAAAGGAGAUGCGCCGCUCUUCAUCAGAGCAAGCACCUUGUGCUUUACCAACUGAAGCACUAGAGAACCGUAGCAAGUCAUUUGACUAUGGAAGUCUUUCACCAACUUCAAGGCAAGGCGAGGUAUAUGCUAGUGCAUCGUCCAUGAAGGAACGUAGGCGUGGAUAUCUGGUUAGACAGGCAUCUUUAAGUGUCUACCCUGAAGCUGUACCUCAAGAACAAGUCUCUGAGAUAAAUAUCAAGCAAGAGCUUUCUGAGCCACAUAUUUCACCAUCUGUUUGGCAAGGUAAUUCAAAUGUAUCUAGCGUGUCUCACUCUACAGCUGGAAGUGACCUAGGAUGGCCCAAACGAGGAUCAUAUAACUUGCUUCAGCAGAGCAUUAGUGAAGACAGCCAAUCAGAAGACUUUCAAAAGUCACCUCGCUUGCCAGGCCAACUCUCAUCAGACAGUGAGGCUUCGGUACAUGAGCACAUGGGCCAGGAUGUAAUGCAGCACCCCUCACAUCAUAGUAGCUUGGUAUCAUCAGCUUUUUUGCCAUUUCAGACAAUGGUCUGGCAUUCUGAAUCAACCCGAAACAAACAGCAACAGACUUUCUAUCAGUUGCAAAAACCACAUAUCAGAAUGCCAAAUGUACAGCCUAUGCUAGAGAAAUCGCACAAACCUCUUCAUCAAAUGCAAGCACAAAAUGACUUAAAGGGUGAUGGGGCAAGUCAAGAUUAUCCAUACUUCUCAAGAGCUUCUUCACAAAACCUCAGCAGUUGCUUAUCAAAGGUUUUUACCACAAACUCAGCUUUCUUGCAGCAAGUUCAGCCAGUCUUUGCCACUCAGAAUUUAGGUUCGCAGCCAUCACUUCCUGGAAUGCAGGUUCCAGUUAGAAUUCAAACCAAUGUGCCAUCAUAUGGUAGUGUUAUGUACACAAGUGUUUCACAAAUUAUUGCUACUCAUGCUCAAAGUACUAAUUCAGUUAGACUAAUAUGCUCUAACAAUACAUCUACGAGUUCACUUUCAGGUAUAUCCUCAAAUCACCCAGUGAUGCUGAAUUUGUCAAAAAUAUUAGGCCAUCCCGAAGGAUCUUCUCAAUAUUCACUUUGGAAAAUUCCAGAAUCUUUACCUGGAAGACUCAAUACUGGAAUUCCAUUGUCAUUAACAUCAGGGACUAUUUCUACAACAGAUGCUUCUUCCAGUCUUGGAGGGAGUAAGAGAAUGUUGUCCCCAGCCAGUAGUCUUGAGCUCUUUAUUGGAACAAAGCAACAAAAACGGGUCAAGGAAGAGAACAUGUAUGGUCAAAUUGUAAAAGAGCUAAGUGCAGUUGAGCUGAGUAAUUCAAGUGCACCAAGUGACAGUGACACAUCACCACAGACUAAUCCUUUAAAUGAUUCAGAUGAUCAGGAGAGGAUGUCCUCAUCUCCACCAGCUAAUUAUCCAUCAGCUAUUUUGUCUGUAAAUCCCUCUGCAUCUCAUUUACCUGAUACACCACCCAAAGACAGUUUCACCCCACCUCUACAAAUUGUUCCAAACUCAUCUAAAAGAUCUGAGUCCCCAGAGGAGUUUGAUGUAGACAAAUCAACACCAGAGGACAGCUCAAGCCCACAAUCAAUGAUUUCCUCAAGUGAUGCACAUGAUGAAUUGAAUACAACCAUGAGCAGUAAGAUCCCAGUAAAUAUGCUGGUGCGACUUGCUGCCAGUCACAGUACACUACUGCUCACUGAUCUAGCAGACGUUGAACAGUUCUUUCAGUUUCCAAGUCUUCGAUCAACAACAACUGUCAGCUGGUGCUACCUAAAUUAUACUAAGCCAAACUAUGCUCAAACAAGUCCCUUAUCUUCUGUGUAUGGCUCUUGGAGUGUCAGCUCCUUUAACCCCAACCCACUCAGCCUCAGCACCAAGGCAACCUUGGCAUUACUCCGGUCCAAACAGAGGAAGAACACAGAAACUUAUACAGUGGCUAAUAUGUAUCAGCAGGGGACUGGAAAACUUGUCUCAUCUCUGUUGUGGAAACAGAAGUUUGAGCAGAUGAAGCCAGAGCUCAUGCAGCUUGAUGUUGGCAAGUUUGGGAGGAAAAUGAAAGGGAUUACCCCAAAGGACAAAGGGAAAGAAGAACAUGGAGAGAAGGAAGCUUCUUCAAAGCAGGCUGAACCCACUCGCAUUAAAAUCUUUGAAGGAGGGUUCAAAUCCAAUGAGGACUACGUUUAUGUGCGGGGACGAGGUCGGGGAAAAUACAUCUGUGAAGAGUGUGGUAUCCGUUGUAAGAAGCCAAGCAUGCUCAAAAAACACAUUCGCACCCACACCGAUGUCAGGCCGUACGUCUGCAAGUUCUGCAACUUUGCUUUCAAAACAAAAGGAAACCUAACAAAACACAUGAAGUCAAAAGCCCACAUGAAGAAAUGCCUGGAGCUCGGGGUGUCUGUGACAUGUGUGGACGAUGUGGAGGCAGAAGAAACUGGUUCCACUGCUGACGUCCAAAGAGAUACUGGAAAGAUUAGCAUGUUAAGUAUGACAGAACACCAGUUCUCAGAUGCUGAAGAUUCUGAUGGUCCUGAAGAAGAUGGUGAUGAGGUUGACGAGGAUGAAGAAGAUGAGGAUGAUUAUGAUGGUGAUUUGACACCAAAGACGCGUUCACGAAGCACUAGUCCACAUCCCUAUGUAAUCCCAUCGCACUCUGUCACUGCAGAUGCUUCACUGCAGAUGGGACCAGUUCCUAAGCAGCCUCUGUUUGGCUAUUAUAAUAGUUUACCCAGUAUUCAAAUCACACAACUCAUGGUGCCCAAUGAGAAAGCUAAAGAGGGCCAAAUGUCGGAAAACCAGAAACUGCGUGAUGCUUUUGGUGAAGAAUACAAAAACAGACUGGAAAUGUCUGGCUCUAUGGAUGAAGAUCCUGGCCUGUCUCCAGGUCAUAGCUUAUCCUCAUUUGAUUUCUCACCUUCUCGACUGUCCUCACCAGGCUGUGACUCCUCACCUCUUCGAGAGCCCUCGCCCACAUUUAGGAGGUUCUUGUCUCCAAUACGGGAUCUCUCGCCACGGGGUCGUUUGUCACCUAGACGAGAAACAUCCCCUCUUAGGCCUCUGUCCCCCAAGAGAGAUAUCUAUCGAAGGGAUUUGUCUCCAAGGAAAGACCUUUCUAGCAGACGAGAACUCUCUCCCAGAAGCCGCCCCAAGGGUAUAAUCAGACCAUUGUCCCCCAGAAGACCACCUUAUCCUCACAGUGGUCCUUGGACUCCUAACAUACAUGUAGAUAUGCCAACAAUGACUCAAAAGAGAAGGAGUCACUUAGAAAUGGAGAUGGAUAAGAUGAAGAGUUGCUAUACUCAAGGAGAUGUUUAUAGCCCAGAGGAUUCUUGCACCUCCCAGGGUCUGUUCAGCCAUCUACCACUCCACUCACAGCAACAAACUUACACACCAUUCCCUAUGAUUCCAAUUGGUGGUAUCCAAGUGGUGCCAGGCCUGGCCCUUCCCACUCGUUUCCCUUUCACAAAGUCCACUUCAGAGGAGUCCAGUGAGGCAUCCUUCAGCUACUCAGAGGUUUGUGAGGCUAACAGCAACCAUGGUGCAAAAUAUUUAAAUCAAUCUCAGGAGUCCUCCAGGGCUGUAUGUUCAGACCUAUCACUUUCUUCUCAGAGGCCCAGAGAAGACAGCAAAGUGAUCAAGCAAGAAGAAAGCAUUCAGACAUGUACUAAAGCCAUUGCUUCUUUGCACAUUGCCUCAGAGGAACCCAUCGAAAAGCCCAUUGAGCCGUACCAUCAGCACACAUUUUCUCAUUCAUCCAUAACCCAGCAAGAGAGUGCAAUAGACAGUAUUCAGCACUUUAGUAGCUCAGAGGUUAAGCAUCCCCUGCACUCCAGCACAGAAACUGGUGCAUCUAUCACAACAAAAACACCCACAGAAUGCCAUCCUACAGUCUACAGUACAGGGGCUCCUAAACAGGACCCUAGUGAAAAACCAUCCAGUGCAAAGAGGAGAAAUGAGUUAACAAAAGACACCACUGACAGGUGAACAACGUAAAAAUUACACUCAAAUAAUGUUUACACAAAUACAGUCACACUCAAAUGCUCAUACAGUCUUUAAACAAGAAAACUGAUUAUUCAAUAGUUUAAAUCGACAUGUACAGUGUAGCAUGCCUUUUACAAACUGGUUUGCUGUUCUAACUAUGGUUACUUCUUAUUUAAAAUGUCACAUAAUAUACAUAUAUGUUAACUUAUACCUGUAUAUGAGCCUGACCAAAAUUGCUUAUGAACUCUGUCUGGUACUUUUAAAUGUACGGAUAUGUGUGCCUUUUCUUUACAUUAUGCUUAUAUUAUUAUAAGCAUAUAAAACAGGAAAACAUGUAAAUAUUUCAAGUUUUGUGUAUCUGCUUUGUAUUAAAUGCAAUUUGCUGUCUUUUUGGACACCCGAGUCUACUAUGUGAAGUAACAAUAUAGGUAUGGUUGCACUAUAUUUUUAUAUAUAUAAAAUUCAAAGGCUUUUGUGUACAGCAACAAUUCUACAAUACUAUUUAUUGUAUAAUGUUUCAUAAAUUGUAAUUUUUUUUUCUUAAUGUUGUGGAUGCCUUUGCUAUGUAAAACAUUGAUUUUACUAUUGCAUAUUUAAAGAAAAUUAUGUACACCAUAUGAUGAUUCAUGUUUUAUAUAUAUAUAUAUAUAUAUAAGGAAUCUUUGUACUAGUUUUACCUGCAUAUAAAAUAUUUACAUAAAAGACUUACGUUUGUGCUUAGAUUUGACAUCAUUGACACACAAAAUAUACAAUACUGUAGCUCUAGGUGCUUGUGCUUUUUACUUUUCUUUCAUCUAAAUAUGCUACACUAGUUUACUGCUUUUUUAUAUACAAUUGUCAAGCAUUAAUUAAGUCAACAUCCCCACACAUAUGCAUUCACACAAAAGAAUUUUAAAAAAUCAUAGAAUGUUUAUCAUAUUUAAAGUAUUUAAUUUGUUGAUUAGUAUGGGAAACAUUCCAGCAAAUGUAAAUAUUUAAUACUUGUAAUCCCGUACACUUUCACAUUUAUACACUGAAAGAGUUCAUUUAGGGCCAUGCCAUCAGUCCAUGGACUUUUACAAAGACUUACAAAUGAAUAAAUUACAAUUUUAGGAACUCUAAAAUGCACCUUAUAUUUCUUAAACAUAAAAAACAUGCUAUGUUAGUUUUGGAAAUGGGAUUUAAAAUUUGAAUGCUUUUUGAUUUUCUGUGUGAGCUGGAGUAUGAAACCAGAGCGCUUUGUGUGUUUAUCUGUAACUUGUACUCCAUGUAUAUCUAUGUAAUUUACUCCUUGAACAUUUUUUGUCAGUAGUACUUGGUAUUCAUUGUUAAGUGUAUUAACAUGUUUAAACUUAAGGUAUCAAAAGCAUAAAUCAUUGUGAUUUAGAUAAUGACAAACAUAGUUAUAAUGGGUAACUUUGUGAUGUCCAGUAAACAAGUCAAUAUCAUAUACAGUUUUGAAAAUGAAUGACAACCAAAAAAAUCCGGAUUGUGUUUUUAAAUAAAUACAACUAUAAAAA